GGUGUGUCUCACAUUCAGCUGUGUACAGGGAAAGACGGGUUUAUGCGGAGUCUCUCUUUUAUUGUCACGCGAUUUUAAGUGACCUCACCUUUUUUCACUCUGGUACAGAAAACAGCUGAAAAGCAUACCACAAUCAAGGACUGACUGUAUUUAAAAAUGGCAGAAGGCCUGCAGAACUUGAUUGCAUCAAAGAAGGAUGUAGUGGAGAAUGUGAUGGAGGCAUUUGAGCAGGGAGCCGAGGUGUUGGCCAGCAUUGCUGGGGACCUAUUCCCCGUUUUCUCCAUCGCUGCUCCCAUUGUGAAGCUGGCGCUAGAUAACGUCGAGAGCAAAGAAGCACAAUACAUGAAGGAGCAAUUUCAGAAGGUGCGUGAGCGUCUGGAUGUUAUAUCAGAGGAAAUCCAACGCAUAAACGACGAGGUGAGAAAAAGCGGGAUGGAUGCAACUUAUUUCUCAGUGGAAGAGAAUAUAACCAACCAGUUUCGCAAAUACAUGGACAUCCUCAAUGCCAAACCAGCUUUUCGAGAGGCCAAGAAGAAACAAUUCCUGGACCACUUUAGCAGGUCUGGCGGAGAGAAAAACUUGUACACUCUUUACGGCGCCGUGACGGGAGACAGCUUAUCGGGAGAGUCCGUGCUGGAGAUCACACUCAACUAUGAACAAAAGAGCCGGCGGGUGGUGGAGGACUUCUGUGCCAGACUAAAGCAGUUGUUUUGCAUAGGUCUCAUCGCUUUAAUUGGACAUACAGCUCUGAAAGGUUGCGAUGAUGAAGAAGAGCUGCUCCGAAGUUGGGCCGAGAAGAUGAACGUGAUCCAGUCAAAAAUGAAUGUGGUCAUUGAAGACUGCAUCAACAGCUUUCCAAGUCAGGCUGAGAUUGAUAUCAAGCAUCUGGUGAGGGACCAGAAAGACAAAAGCAACCAGCAGCUGGCUGACAUGAUCAUUGAGAACCUGAAAGGGAAGUACGACUGGGUGAGCUGGUCAGUCCGUGUCUUUAACUCGCCAAAAGGCUUGUUCACCAGCAAGAAGGACUUCCAGUGUGCCACAGGCAAGAGCAGGUUUCAGGUGCCUUCACCAGAUGAAAAUUUAAAUGUUGUGGUAUCCUACAGUGCAUCUCCUGAACCUUUAGAUAAAGCUUUGAUCAUGCAAUUGGUCCAGGACCAGAAGAAAGUCACAAUUCCUGGGAUUGCAGAGCUUAUCUUUGAGAAGACCCCUAUGUGUGCGGUCCAUGCUGUCAAGACGUCGUGCAAAGAAAUGUCUUACUCAUGGAGCUUUCAGGAUGAACUUCACUUCUUUGAGGAGUUCAAGAACUUUUACUUGUUUGUUCAUUCUUCUUAAAGCACAUUUAGGAAAAGCAAGCAUAGGAUCACCUUGUAGGAAAAUCAAACCAUCUAAAGUUUCCGUUUCAAAAUAACAAAUAAGGUCUUAAGCAGCUAAUCAUUUUCUUUAAAUGCUGAAGAUUUUUGAAUGCUUGUGAGUGAACACUUCGGUUCUGUGAACAUCUUUGUCUUUGUCCUUAUAUGGACUGCAUUUGCUGUUUUACAAAGUUCCUUAUGACUUCUGGCUGUUAUAUUUUUGGGUAAUUUGUAUGUCUUGGGUGGGGGGAAAAAAUGACUGGGAGGCUUUAAAUCAAAGCUGAAAUAAAUCCGUAUCAGGAUCUAGUUAAAUGUAACUAAUUCCCUCGAAUGCAAUAAUCCUGCCAGAUGUUUUGUUUUAAUCUUUUACAAAAGACAUAUGUAUAACUUUUUGUCUCUGUGCAUGUGUUAUAGUGUGUAUCUUUUAAAGACAUGGGUUUUUAAAAACACUAUUAAAACUACAGACCUUGCGUUACUUGUUUUCACCAAAACCGGGACAUGUAAGAACAUGUCAAGAAUGAAAAAAAAAAAAAAUGGUUUCGCAUAUGAUUCCUUUUCAGCCUGUUGGACUGGCACAGAUUAUUUUUCUAUUGCAUAGUGAUAAAAAAAUAUGUCUCUAGUUUCACUUUUACAAGUUUUACAAUUUUAUUAUUAUAUAACUCCAGGUUUAUAGGUUGCUGUUCUGAUGUUUGACACUGAUAAACGAUCACAAGUCAUGUGAUUUUAAGUUAAUCACACUGCUGACUUUUUUCUUAGCAGCCAGCAUAGGAAAUGUCUUCUUUCCAAUUCACUACAAGAAAAAAAUACAUUUGUCAUGUUUUGUCAUAGAAACACUAUAGCAAUAGCAAUGCAUUGUUUUUUUUGCCUCCUAAUGUGGCCAAUGUUUUUCUUGUCUUGAAGGAAAUGGGAAAAAUUCAUUUAUGUCAAAGUGAACUGAAAUUUCGUUUGAAAUGGAUUCUGUCCGUUAAUCACAUAAGCGAGAUUCAGCAAGUGUAAGCAAGCAGUCUGCACCAGUUCAGCAGGUUAUACACCUGAAAUGCAUCGUUGAUUAAUUGAUUCCCAAAAUGUCUAUGCUUCAUAAGUCUGUCAACUAAAUCUCUGUUUGUUUUUUCCUUAAUUAAAUGGUGCCUUAUUACCUUGAA